UUCACAUGUUGGAGGAGUGUGGAAUGAACUUCUCCGAUCAAAUCCAUUAUAAUGUCAAUUUUGGAAUGCACAGUGGAAAGAAGCCCUAUCAAUGCCUGGAGUGUGGAAAGGCCAUGAUUGGCAGAACAGAGUUCCUUAGACAUCUGAGAACACAUAUAGAAGAGAAACCUUAUAGUUGUUCUGACUGUGGGAAGAGCUUUUCAAACAAAUCAGACCAUCUUCAACACCAAAGAAUUCAUUCAGGAAAGAAGUCCUUUAUCUGUUCAGAGAGUGGAAUGAUGUUCUUGGAUCGAAGAAAGGGUAAUAUAUAUUUUUCAAAGCACAAUAUAAUGAAGGCAUGUAAAUGCUUUCGGUGUGGAAAGUACUUCAGAUACAGAUCACAGCUUUUUGUGCACCAAAGGAUCCACUCAGGGGAGAAACCUUUUGAAUGCUCAGAGUGUGGAAAGAAAUUCAGUCAUAGUUUCCUUCAUAAACAGCAUCAAAGAACCCACACAGGAGGGAAACUUUUUGAAUACUCAGAGUGUGGGAAGACAUUCAGCAAAAGUGGCCAUCUUCAAAGUCAUCUAAGAACUCACACAGGGGAAAAGACUUUUGAAUGCUCAGAGUGUGGGAAGAGAUUCAGUAAUAGUACCACUAUUCAACAGCAUCAAAGAACACACACAAGGGAGAAGCCUUUUGAAUGGCCAGAGUGUGGGAAGACAUUCCAUGACAGUAGCACUCUUCAACAGCAUCAAAGAACACAAACAGGGGAGAAGGCUUUUGAAUGGUCAGAGUGUGGGAAGAGAUUCAGUAAUAGUACCACUAUUCAACAGCAUCAAAGAACCCAAACAGAGGAGAAGCCUUUUGAAUGCUCAGAGUGUGGGAAGAGAUUCAGCCAUAGUGGCAAUCUUUUACGGCAUCAAAGAACCCAUACAGGGGAGAAACCUUUUGAAUGCUCAGAGUGUGGGAAGAGAUUCAGCCAUAGUGGCAAUCUUUUACGGCAUCAAAGAACCCAUACAGGGGAGAAACCUUUUGAAUGCUCAGAGUGUGGGAAGAGAUUCAGCCAUAGUGGCAAUCUUUUACGGCAUCAAAGAACCCAUACAGGGGAGAAACCUUUUGAAUGCUCAGAGUGUGGGAAGAGAUUCAGCCAUAGUGGCAAUCUUUUACGGCAUCAAAGAACCCAUACAGGGGAGAAACCUUUUGAAUGCUCAGAGUGUGGGAAGAGAUUCAGCCAUAGUGGCAAUCUUUUACGGCAUCAAAGAACCCAUACAGGGGAGAAACCUUUUGAAUGCUCAGAGUGUGGGAAGAGAUUCGGUCACAGUGGCACUCUUCAACAGCAUCAAAGAACCCACACAGGAGAGAAGCCUUUUCAGUGCUUAGAGUGUGGGAAGAGAUUUGGUCACAGUGGCACUCUACAAAAACAUCUCAGAACCCACUCAGCAGAGAAGCCUUUUGAAUGCUCAGAAUGUGGGAAGAGAUUUGGUCACAGUGGCCAUCUUCUAUGUCAUUUAAGAACCCAUACGGGGGAGAAGCCUUUCGAAUGCUCAUUGUGUGGGAAGAGAUUCUGUCAGAGUAGCAGUCUUCAACGGCAUCGAAGAACCCACACAGAGGAGAAGCCUUUUGAAUGCUCAGAUUGGGAAGAGAUUGUAUUACAGUAGCACUCUUCAACAAUAUCAAAGAAUCCACACCACGGUGCAGCCUUUUGGAUACUCAGAGCAUGGGAAGAGAUUCAGUCAGAGUGGCCAUCUUCAACAGUAUCAAGGAAUCCACAGCAGGCAGAAAGCUUUCGAAUAGAAAGAGAUUCAGUCUGCAUGGUUAUUUUCAACAGCAUCGAAGAACCCACACAAGGAAAACUCAUGUAACUUCUUAGCCCACGGAGGGAUUUCAAACAACUAUUACAGGAGAUGACAUAAAUGUCACUUUGUCUGGCUGGGCCAUGUGUGCCAUACAAUGUAAUGCCAGGUU